GCCGGAGUAAGCAGCAGCAGCAAAUCACUGCCAGCAGCAGCAAAAGGGCGAGGUCUUGGUAUCCUCCCGCUGGGCGCUCGGGGCCGUUGCAUGCGACGACCAGCUUUGUGAGGCUGCAAGCCACCCGGCUCCCCGGUCUCCGUGGCGCGGUAUAAGGAUCGCCAUGGCCGGUGUCGUCUUAGAAGCAGCGCAGGGACCGCGAGGCCCUUCCUUCCAUGAAGGACCCCCCCUCCCAGCUCCCUCCGCGCGCCGCGCUAGCACGCCCCACACAUAGAAAGUGAGCUCCACAGCCCCCCCUGCCGGGAGCUUGCUCGCUUCAGAUCCCAUCCUUCACCCCUUCCUUCUUCCGUCUGCCUCCUUCCCCGCGCGCCACCUCCCCCAUUGAUUCUUCCCAUUGAUUGACAACAAGAACAAGAAGAACAAGAAGAAGAGGAGCUGCAAUCUAGCUUGAGAGGCUUGGAGGCGCACGGCGCGCAGGCCGCCAUGGCGUCCAUCUCGCUGGAGGACGUCCGGAACGAGACGGUGGACCUGGAGACGAUCCCGGUGCAGGAGGUGUUCCAGCACCUGAAAUGCAGCAAGCAGGGCCUCUCCGCCUCGGAGGCCGAGAACCGGCUCAGGAUCUUUGGCCCCAACAAGCUGGAGGAGAAGACGGAGAACAAGCUGCUCAAGUUCCUGGGCUUCAUGUGGAACCCGCUGUCGUGGGUCAUGGAGGCCGCCGCCAUCAUGGCCAUCGUGCUCGCCAACGGCGGCGGCAAGCCCCCCGACUGGCAGGACUUCGUCGGCAUCGUCGUCCUCCUCUUCAUCAACUCCACCAUCAGCUUCAUCGAGGAGAACAACGCCGGCAACGCCGCGGCCGCCCUCAUGGCCGGCCUGGCCCCCAAGACCAAGGUGCUCCGUGACGGGAAGUGGCUCGAGAUGGACGCCUCCAUCCUCGUCCCCGGGGACAUCAUCAGCAUCAAGCUCGGUGACAUCAUCCCCGCUGACGCCAGGCUGCUGGAAGGCGACCCGCUCAAGGUUGACCAGGCGGCGUUGACCGGCGAGUCCAUGCCGGUCAACAAGCACGCCGGGCAAGGGGUCUUCUCGGGGUCCACGGUGAAGCAGGGCGAGAUCGAGGCCGUGGUGAUCGCGACCGGGGUGCACACCUUCUUCGGCAAGGCGGCGCAUCUCGUGGACAGCACAAACAACGUGGGACACUUCCAGCUCGUGCUCACCGCCAUUGGCAACUUCUGUAUCAUCUCCAUUGCCGCUGGCAUGCUGGUGGAGGUUGUCGUGAUGUACCCGAUCCAGCACCGGGCGUACCGGGACGGCAUCGACAACCUCCUUGUGCUGCUCAUCGGGGGCAUCCCGAUCGCCAUGCCCACCGUGCUGUCCGUCACCAUGGCAAUCGGCUCGCACCGGCUGUCGCAGCAGGGCGCCAUCACCAAGCGGAUGACGGCCAUCGAGGAGAUGGCCGGCAUGGACGUGCUCUGCAGCGACAAGACGGGCACGCUCACGCUCAACAAGCUCACCGUCGACAAGUCGCUCAUCGAGGUCUGCGGCAGGGGGAUCGACAAGGACACCGUGCUGCUCUACGCGGCCAGGGCGUCCCGCGUCGAGAACCAGGACGCCAUUGACACGUGCAUUGUCGGAAUGCUGGCCGAUCCCAAGGAAGCCAGGGCCGGGAUCCAGGAGGUGCAUUUCCUGCCCUUCAACCCUGUGGAGAAGCGCACGGCCAUUACCUACAUCGACGGCAAUGGCGACUGGCACAGGAUCAGCAAGGGCGCGCCGGAGCAGAUCAUCGAGCUCUGCAGGAUGCCCAAGGAGGCCGAGAAGAGGAUCCACAGCCUCAUCGACAGUUACGCCGACCGUGGGCUCAGGUCCCUCGGCGUGUCGUACCAGCAGGUGCCCGCCAAGAACAAGGACAGCCCCGGGGAGCCAUGGCAGUUCACGGGCCUCCUGCCGCUCUUCGAUCCUCCGAGGCACGACAGCGCGGAGACCAUCCGCCGCGCGCUGCACCUGGGCGUGAACGUCAAGAUGAUCACGGGAGACCAGCUGGCCAUCGGCAAGGAGACGGCGCGGCGGCUCGGCAUGGGCACCAACAUGUACCCGUCCACGACGCUGCUGGGGGACAAGAGCACGGAGAUGAGCGGGCUCCCCAUCGACGAGCUGAUCGAGAAGGCCGACGGGUUCGCGGGGGUGUUCCCGGAGCACAAGUACGAGAUCGUGAAGCGGCUGCAGGACCGGAAACACAUCUGCGGCAUGACCGGGGACGGCGUGAACGACGCCCCGGCGCUGAAGAAGGCCGACAUCGGCAUCGCCGUGGACGACGCCACGGACGCCGCCCGGAGCGCGUCGGACAUCGUGCUCACGGAGCCCGGGCUGAGCGUCAUCGUGUCGGCGGUGCUCACCAGCAGGGCCAUCUUCCAGAGGAUGAAGAACUACACCAUCUACGCCGUGUCCAUCACCAUCCGGAUCGUGCUGGGAUUCAUGCUCGUCGCGCUGCUCUGGAAGUUCGACUUCGCGCCAUUCAUGGUGCUCAUCAUCGCCAUCCUCAACGAUGGCACCAUCAUGACCAUCUCCAAGGACCGCGUCAAGCCGUCCCCGACCCCGGACUCGUGGAAGCUCAAGGAGAUCUUCGCCACCGGCGUCGUCCUCGGCACCUACAUGGCCCUCGUCACCGUCCUCUUCUUCUACCUCGCACACGACACCGACUUCUUCACCGAGACGUUUGGGGUGAGGUCGAUCAAGGAGAACGAGAAGGAGCUGAUGGCGGCGCUGUACCUGCAGGUGAGCAUAAUCAGCCAGGCGCUCAUCUUCGUGACGAGGUCGAGGAGCUGGUCGUUCGUGGAGCGGCCGGGGUUCCUGCUGCUGGCGGCAUUCCUGGCGGCGCAGCUGGUGGCCACGUGCAUCGCGGUGUACGCCAACUGGGAGUUCUGCCGGAUGCAGGGGAUCGGUUGGGGUUGGGGCGCCUCCAUCUGGGCCUUCAGCAUCGUCACCUACAUCCCCCUCGACGUCCUCAAGUUCAUCAUCCGAUACGCGCUUAGCGGCAGAGCAUGGAACAACAUCAACAACAAGACGGCGUUCACGAAUAAGAGCGACUACGGCAAGGUGGAGAGGGAGGCGCAGUGGGCGACGGCGCAGAGGACGCUGCACGGGCUGAACCAGCCCAGCAACAACUCCGACCUCUUCAACGACAACUCGGGCUACCGCGAGCUGUCCGAGAUCGCCGAGCAGGCCGCCAAGCGCGCCGAGGUGGCCAGGCUCAGGGAGCUGCACACGCUCAAAGGACACGUCGAGUCGGUGGUCAAGCUCAAGGGGCUCGACAUCGAGACGAUCAACCAGAGCUACACGGUAUGAUCCACGACGACGACCACCGCCGUCGAUGGACACAGAAACAGAUAUAUAUGCUUCUACUCUUUUUUUUUUCUUUUUUUUUGGGCCCCCUCUGCCGGUUUGUCGACGAGCCGGACAGGGAGGGGAAGUUGAUUCUAAGGGUUGUUAUUUUGACCUAGACUUCGUUGGCUAUAUUUGUAAUUUUUGCAGUGGGGAACAGUUGCCCUCUUGAGUAUGUAUAGAAUAUGUACGAUUUUGGGUUCAUGCCAGUACUUUUGGGCCAUGACAUUGUUGUUUUCCUUGUAAUAGUAAGCUCUUCCUGAAUUGUCAGCUUUUGCCAUUCAGAUCUUGUUCAUCCAUUUGUUUCAUGUGCUAUCAGAUGCAUUUGUUGCCUGGGCUAUCAAAUGCAAAGACAAAGAAAGAAAAACCUACACACGUACAAGGUGACCGUGAGUUGAGAAAAUGGACUUGCCAUGCCUUGGUCGAUACGUGCAGUCAAUUCAAUUUUAGCCCACCCAAAUGUCCACUGCUCCACCGUCUCCGCUUCUUCCUCCUCUCCAGGCUCUCUCUGUCGUCACCAUGGGAGAAAUUACAGCAAAGAUGGCAUCGGAAACGAUGAAGAAAGGGGUUUAGAGUUCUAAAAGGAUGAACAGGGAGGUUCCUUGAUCCAGAGGCACAACUCACAAACAGAAAAACAGAUACCUGCCGGUGCUACUUACCAUCUCCGUUCUAAAACAGCAUUAAUUCGUUUAGAGGCUACAGAGCAACGCAACAGCAUCCCCCGCACAAAAAAGAAGCAAGGAAUACCAGGUCAUUUUCCUUCAGCUCAGCACCCGAGCAAAUGAGCUUCUAGAAAAAAAAAUGAAAUGACGUUUUGUCGAGGUUAAGUCGAAACAGUAUUUGAACACGCCUAGAUCAAGAUCAACAGAAAGGUCAGAUGUUCCCAAAAAAAAAUAGGUCAGAUGUCCAAAUUUACUGCAAUGCCUGGAACGGUGACAGGGAUCAGAGCAGCAAGGCUAGCAAGCUACUAAUUGCCCAGAACAUUCCAUAUCCGAAAAGACACGUUGUUCCAAUACCUCUUAGAAAGAGGCAAGGAUGUAAAAUCACCAUCUCCAUUUAAAAAGGUUUUUGCUGGUUAUGCUGUGCAGGGAUAAAAGACAUGAAUUAGCAAUUGGGUGUCACUGGCAAGGGAAGGGAAGGCACUCAAUAAUUGUAUACAUACUACCUCCUAUCAUCUUGUGCACUCACAGCUAUAUCACUAUUUGCAUUCCAGGCAUCUACUGGUACACAGCAUGACUAACCCACAACUACGCCGUCGUAUUUUCAUUCCAGGCAUCUACUAAUACACAGCACGAUUACCCCACAACUAUAUUUGCCCUCCAGGCAUAUGUAAACAAAGUCAAUAGCUACAGAACCUAUCUAGAAAAAUCAACCGUUAACACCAAACAGUAGGGCAACCAAACAGGCACAGAGAUGAAAAAUAAUUGAUCAGGUGAACCAAAAUUUAAGUACAACUGGUGACUUGAAGAUUUCCAAGACAACAUAGGUCAGUUUGUCUUCAACUUGAGUGCAAGGCAACAUGAUUAACAGACCUGUGAAGUUUCAAGUUGAAGACAACAUAGAUCAAUGGUAUAUUUGAAAUGAAACGUCUGGGCUAGCUUGAGUGGAAGGCGACACACCAACCAUACAACAAUGGAACUCUGGCCAUGGUAAGACAUCAGGAUGUUCAGACACAAUUUUGUCAAACUCUCUCACCAACCAGACUUGAACCAAACUUACAAAAGGAAGACAUUUAUGUACUGAUUUGUGCUAAACAGAGUGAACACCAACAUAUUUUGACACUGCAGUUCAACAAAGAACUUACAUCGGCAGAACCUACAGAGCAUAACCCAACGCUUCUAUGCGUAUGAUUUUUGUCUGACCCUACCGAUCCAGCCAUUCAGGCUUUGAAGCAAAGUAUAGGCUACCGUCAGACCAAUUAUCGUACUGCCAUUGGACAGCAAAUCGUCAUAUGAAUAGUACCUAGUUUCUAGCAUAACCUACAGAAAAACCUGAAGUACAAUUAUACCCUACGGUCAUAAUUGCAUUAACCGUAAAAUAAAACGGUGCAUCAAUCAUAUUUUGUGACGAUGCAAUAGAUACAUACACAGAACAGAACCAAUGCAAAUAUAAUUGACCAGAUGCGAGGAAAUUAAGCCACAUAUAUGACACGAAAAUAUAGGAAUGGUUCUUUACUUAGCACAGCAUGGCAUCAUCAGUACACCAGAGUACAAGCAAUUCUCUUAACAUCACCAAAAUCUUAACAAAAGCAUCCUGGAAUCACUUCCUA